AUGGAUCGCAAAAAAACACUUAUAAAUUCAAGUGUUUCUAAUAAUAAUAGUACCAUUAAGGGUCUACAGUUAUUCAUUGCAGAUCUUCGAUCUGCACAACAGGCACAAGAGCAGGAAAAAAGGAUACAAUCUGAGAUUGUUAAAAUUAAGCAGCAUUUCGAUGCUGCAAAGAAAAAACAAGGUAAUCACGACAGAUUAGGUGGCUAUCAGAGAAAGAAGUAUGUUGCCAAGUUAGCCUACAUAUAUAUUACUUCCAAUACGACAAAACUCAAUGAAAUUUUGUUUGGGUUAGAGCAAACAGUAGAACUGCUGAAGUCUAACAUGUUUUCCGAAAAAUUUAUUGGCUAUAUGACCCUUGAAUUGCUUUAUGAACGUAAUGAGGUUAUCGCCAAAAUUAACGACGAAGUAAAUUAUCAAUUGAUGAAAGAUCUCUCUUCUUCCGAUGAUAACUUUGUUAUGUUGGCGCUUAACUUUGUCGGCGUGGUGGGAGAACUUACGAAUCGUCUGGCGUACAACGAUGACAUCACAACAGGUGUAUUCAAAAUAUUGAGAUCACCGACUUCCUCUAUUUACCUCAAGAAAAAAUCUGCAUUGUCAUUUCUAGCAUUACUGAAAAGUAAUCAUUCUAUAUUGACCGAAGAUUUACAACGUAAGCAGCUAUGGAUACAAAGAAUAUUGAGUUUACUGGAUGAUACAGAAAACUAUAGAUUAACUUUGGCUACGAUCCCGUUAAUAGAGUUCAUUGCAAAAUACAUUGACCCUAGUUAUUGCACGAGACUAUUGCCACAGCUAACAGAGAUUUUGUACAAUUGUGUUGUUGUUGGUACUUCAACAUCUAGUGACAAUCAGUUUCCGUUAGAAUAUACGUUCGCCAAUAUGCCAAACCCUUGGCUUAUUACAAAAGUUGUCUCUUUAUUGAGCAUAUUGAUUGCCUCACCAACUGAGAGAGAUUUUGGCUCAUUAUUACAAACCAAUAAUAUAGAUAAUGAAAUAUUAAAUAAACUUCGAAAGUGUGUGUCCGUUGCCAUCGAACUAGGAACCAGACAAGCUCAGGAUCCCAUGGAACGUAUUGUACAAAACACAGUGUUGUUUUCGUUGAUCAACUUCGCCUCUAAGCUAGACCCGUCGGAUGAAGCCAUCAGCAACUCCGUGUCAGCUUUAUGUUCCCUGCUGGCAUCGAAGGAAAUUAAUAUUCGGUACUUGACGCUAGAUUCAUUGGUUAAACUGUGCUCAUCAAGCGGUAAGCCUGCAAUUGAUGCUGUUCGUUACAAGAAUUUAGAUAUGAUUUUUCAUCUUUUGAAUACAGAAAGGGAUUCGUCUAUUGUUAGGAAAGUUGUGGACUUGUUAUAUACUUUUACUGAUGUUGAAAACGUCAAGGUUAUUGUCGAUGGGUUACUGCAGUAUAUUUUAUCUCCAAAAAAUCUUGCUGAACCGCAAAUAAAAUCUGAUAUUGCUGUUAAAAUAGCUAUUUUGACCGAAAAAUACGCUACGGACAUCAAUUGGUUUGUCAUUAUUUCUCUACAGUUAUUAUCAUUGACUUCAAAUACUACUAUUAACGACGAUGAAAUAUGGCAACGGUUAUGUCAAAUUGUAGUAAACAAUCCGUCUUUACACAAAUUGACGUGUGAACAGUUGGUCGACUAUUUAUGCAAAAAGCAAGCAUCUGAGGCUAUUGUUAAAGCUGCGGCCUUUCUAUUAGGUGAAUACUCGAGCCUCAUAACAGACAAAAUUUCAAGUGCAAAUUUAUUCAGUUUAUUUGCCGAAAAAUAUUUCAGUGUACCAAAUGUAGCCAAAGCGAUGAUAUUAACUUCAAUGAUCAAGUUGUACAAGACCUCACCCGAAAUCGGCUCCAACGUCAUUAAAUUCUUCCAAUUGGAAUUGAACUCUCUUGAUAUUGAGCUGCAAACAAGAUCUUUCGAAUAUCUUAAUAUUAUACAACUGGCUAAAGUGAAUGGAAAUACUGAUAUUUUGCAAAUCUUGUUUGAACCGAUGCCGCCAUUUAACAGCAAAUCUAAUCCAUUAUUGAAGAGAUUAGGGUCACUUCCCGCAUCAGCAGGAAGCGCGACUUUAAUAAAUAUACCUUCCCCAGCGUCCUCCUCUACGCCUGACUUACUACCAAAGAGAGCAAACUCUUCUAGAUCGAUCAUGGUUCCAAUGCCUCCACCAUCUCGUAGAAAUACCACCGAUGAUGUAAAUUCCAAGGUUAGUUCGUUUGAAGACUUUUCAGGAAAGGACUCUUAUUAUUCAAGGCAGAUCCUGGCUCCAAAUUGGAGGGAAGGUUUUACAAGAAUGAUUUCACAUAAGCAAGGUGUACUUUUUACAUCUUCUUUGAUUAAGGUGUUCUAUCGGAUAACCACUCCUGAUCCACAACAGCCAUAUGUGUUUCAUAUAUCUCUUGCGUUCAUUAACUUGACUGAGUGGGAAAUCACAGGAUUAUCCACAGAGGUCAUUGCUUCAAAGACGCAAGGUAACCCUGAAUAUCUGAUUAUGAAUAUUAACACACCUUCUACUGCUACGGUUGGGCCCCAUAAAAGGGCAGAACAAAGUUAUGAAGUUUCCAUAAGAAAACCGUUCGACGUUGAAGAUAGUCCAAUUUUGGCGAUUCAUUUCAAAUGUGGAGGUAGUGCAAAUACCAUCAAUCUGAAAACUGCUAUAGGUAUGACCACAACACUAGUUAGUAGUGAAGUCAAUCCUAGCAUGCAUUUGAAUUUAGCGCAGUUCAUCAGCCGUUGGAAGACCUUGAGCGAUGCUUUGGGAAAGGAAGGGGAAUACCAAAAACCUGGCAUAAAGCUCAAUAAGGAUUUUAGAAAAGUUGAAACCAUCAGUUUUGAAGAUGGGCUUCUACUACUAACGCAAAUAGUCAAAAGAUUAGGUUUUGAUAUUGUCGAUCAGACCAGUGUUCGCAGUACAUUAUUUGUUUCUGGUAUCAUUCAUACGAAAAGUGAGGGAAACUUUGGUUGUUUAAUGAAGAUACAAUACCAAGAAAACGGUUUGAUUAAUGUUACCUGUAAAACAACGACGGCCGGGCCCCUCGCCAGGUAUAUUGUCGAAUGUAUAAGAAAUGUGCUUACAAAGUAG